CUUCUCGCAUCUUCCACCAUCAGCUAGCUCUCUCCAGAGCUGAGCCAUUUCCCAGGGGCAAGCAGAAACCACACUUGCCUUCUCCAUCCUUCUGCUGACGGUGGCAUUGCGUGUUCCGGCCCUUGCAUUUCUUGGAGCCGCGCUUUCUUCAGCACCCAUUGCUGCAUUUAUCUGCAGAGCUUUCUUUACAGAUGGUCUUCUGCUGUUUUUUUCGUUCGCAUAUCCUCCUGAAUUUGCUCGUGACUCAGUAGCCACAAGCUAUCACGCCAUCUUCACUCCAGUUUUCAUAUUCGUCCUAGUAACGUCUUAACCAGGACAUCCGCCUUCCACCACGUUUCUGUCGUCGCGGCUCCCGGAAGCUGCCAUCGUCUUUGGGAUUUCUUAUAUUCGCCUUCUAUUCCCCAAGGCCUCGUGCCAUUGCGCCGUCAGUGUGCAUCGCUAACAGCGCUGCCCCAUUUCAUAGCGAUCGUCUUCCGCAUCCCAGUUACCGCCAUGUCUCGCACGCCGCCUUCUUCGCGUUCGUCGCCGAACGGUCGAUCGUAGCUCCUGUCACUCGCUGUCCAUCCUCUAGUCGCCGUCGUUCGUUCAGUACCCUCACUCUCAACUGCCGUAGCUCUCCGAUCAUUCUACUCUGAUCCUCCCCAUCCCAUCCUUGUCCCACUCUCCGAGCCAUGCUGCUCCAUUCAGCCGCUCUUCCCCGUCGCGUCCUCACUCCCAUCCACACCGUCAGCGCGUCCCGCUGCGUCAUCGCAUGCCCUGACGCCGCCACUCGCCCUCUCGCCUCGCUCGACGCGCUCACCCUCUCCUCUUCCUCCGCUAUCUCCGCCGCCCCCCCCUCCACCUCUUCCACCGUCGGCGCUUUAACCGCUUCCGCUUCCGCGAUCGGCGCCGUCGACUGCGCCUCCUGCAUCGCCUGUGACGCGUUCGCCUGCGCUGAUGGCUACUCCAGCGCCGCGCCCCGCGGCUUUCACGGCACCGCGAGAGGCGCCGCGGGACUAGCCGCGAGCGUCGGGCGAGGCUUCGGAGGCGGCCCUGGUGGCGGAGGCGGCGGCGGCGGCGCGUCGCAGCUGAGGGCGUCGCACGUGGCUUCAGCAGCGUCGAAGGAGCUUCUCCGACUAAGUCCCAGCUGGGCGUCCGUUCACUGCUCCACUCCCUUCCUCCGCGCUCUCCUCCUCCGCCCCUCCCGACCGCACCCUCUCGGUAUCGGCUGCGGCUGCGCCCCAGCCGCAGCAAACGCGACCGUCGGCGGCGGCGGCGGCGGUGGCGGCGUGACAUGCGGCGGCGGAUACACCAGCGGGUUCUACGGCGGCGGGGAGGGCCCGCUGUCCGUGUUUCUCGCUGCGAGGCGGAGCGAGCUCGUGGCGGCAGCAGCACUCGGUAGGAGUUUGGGGUUAGGGGAGGCGGCAGAUGGCGGCCGCAUAGUCGCCUCAGACGAUGUGAUUCGCGGCGCCGUCGCGGCUCUUAGCGUGGGCCACGGCGGGCUGGGUGCCACGUCACGCGCGAAGCCCAUUCAGCCGGUGCAUCUCGCGAUGCUGACGCUGGCUGCCGCGUCAGCCUCCGCCGCGCUUGCCCGCCCGGGGCAAGAUCCGGAGUCAGGAGCGGUCCGCGCGGUGGCGUGCGAGGCGGCGGCGAGUGGCGCCGCAGUUCACGCGUCGGUGGAUGCGCGGAAGGCGUCCACGACCGAUUACCAAGUCGUCCGCAUUCCCGGGGACGGCCGAUGCCUAUUCCACGCCGUGGCGCACGGCCACCAUGUGCGCGCGUCCCUGCCGCAGCCGUCCGCGCUCGCCGCGCGCUGCCAGUUCGCAGACUCGCUGCGCAACCAGGUGGCGGACGAGUUCGUGAAGCGGCGCGAAGAAACUGAGUGGUUCCUGGAAGGCAACUUUGACGAUUAUGUAGCCAACAUUCGCAAGCCAUACGUGUGGGGUGGAGAGCCAGAGCUCCUCAUGCUCUCCCAUGUGCUCAAGUCCCCCAUCACUGUGUUCAUUGCUGACCCUCGCUCACCACGCUCUGGCGCCAUCAUGCCCAUAGCCGAGUAUGGCCGCGAGUAUGCAGGCGAUGGGGGUAAGGAAGAGGGAGAGGAGGGAAUGGAGGGUGGGGGAAUCAGCAGCAGCAAGGACGCCAUCUGCGUGCUGUACAAUGGAAGCAGCCAUUAUGAUGCGCUCAUCAUCCCUCGCUCUGCUGCUCUUGAAGUGUUGCAGCUGCAGCAGCAGGCGAGGCUGUGAAUGGGGAAACUAUGGGCAUGUGCCUGUGGUAGCUGGGUUCCUAUUGAUGGUUUGGCAUGUAGGGUUGUAUUAACUGCUGGCCAUGAAUUAGGAGGCUUGUGCCUGUUAGUCGUUUGUGCUGAUGCUUGCAUUUGUUGCUCCACGAUUUAAUCACAACUGCUAGUUAUUCCUUAACAAAUUGUGAUUUCAGUU